UGCUUAACACCAACGUCGCUUCUGUUCGCUCGCGUGACUUUGACAGAGACCCAGCAUUGAUCCUGUCUAUUGUCUGACCUGUCAGCCGGUGCACAAUUCGGCUGGAAUCUUAUCAACGGGAAGGAAUCCUUCGACUUUGGCGGAUAAUAAACGAAGGACACGCGGUCGAGCCUCGUUAAUUACUAUCGGGAUAUAUUUGGAGAAUAUGUGUGUUACAUAUCGUAUACACAAGUGUAAAUGUUUCGCAAUUCUCGCUGGAUGCAGUGAUGACGUAACCGCGCUGUGUUAAUUUCCGUUUAACGUAAAACCGGGACUCGAUAACGCGAAUUUCGCGUUUACGCUACAUCUCGCGGCAUUGUAUAUAUUACCGGAGAGUGCACAACCGGUCUGCGGUUGCGAUAAAAAUUAUAUUACAAGGAGGCACGACGAUCGGGCAAAAUGAGCGACCAGGAGGAUCUGGAUUAUUACAUCAUGUUCCCGUCGUUUCCGCCAUCUCCGAAGGAUCCGACUCUGACCUCGACCGGCCAGGAUCAACGGGAGGAGUUCGUGUUCGUGUACGAGGAAGACAAGCGACCGGUCGUGAUCUUGCUAGGAUGGGCCGGCUGUCAGGACAGAUACCUGGCCAAGUAUAGCGCGAUCUACGAGGAGAAGAGUUGCAUUACGCUGCGUUACACGGCGCCGGUGGAAUGUCUGUUUUGGCGCCGAGACAAGAUGCCGCACCUCGGCAAGCGGCUGCUCCAGGUGAUCACCGACAAGCGAUUGGACGAGCACCCGAUAUUCUUCCACGUCUUCAGCAACGGCGGCGCGUUCCUGUAUCAGCACGUCAGUCUCGCGAUGCAAAAGACUAACACGUUGUUCAAGAUCAGGGGAGUGAUUUUCGACAGCGCACCCGGCGAGAGAAGAUUAACAGCCCUUUUCAAGGCGAUCAGCGCGAUCAUCGGUGGUCAUCCUCUCACGAAUCUGCCGAUGUCGUUCGUCAUCACGGUUUUCCUCUCCGUACUCUGGUUCUUCGAGGUGAUCGCUCAAGCAUUCAGCAGAACGCCCAUCCCAACAAAUCCGAUCGCCCUCGCCGAGGAAGCCUAUUCCUGGCCUCAACUGUUCCUGUACUCCAACAGCGACACCCUGAUUCCGGCGUCUGACGUCGAGAAGUUUGCCAGCCGGCGAGCCGAACGAGGCGUGAACGUGCAGCUGGUUCUGUUCACCAAUUCGCCGCAUGUGAAGCACUAUGCGACUUACCGGGACGUCUACGUCAACACGGUGUGCAGCUUCAUCCACGAAUGCCUGACCUCGCCGAGUCCGUCGAGGUGCCUGUUGGACAGCGACGAUCGCGAUUCCCAAAGCUACGACUCGGUCCCGGGCCUCACCAAGCGCGUCGUGCUGCCCCAUGAGGCCACCAAGCAGUAGAACUAGAAGAAUCGAGAGACGCUAUAUUAUUAGAUAGAAUAUAUAGUCACCCGGUCUAUGUGGAGUAUCGCGCUGGAGACGGCGCGGAUCUCGCGGGUGCAAGGCAGAGAGGAUCUCUAUUCAUUACAAUUAUUAUGUAUACAUUUUGUAAAGGGGAUGAUCUACAAAGUAUGUGUGGAAAUGGAAGAAAUCGCGUGGAAUCCGUAAUUGCGAUUUCCCGAUCUUUCAACUUCGAUUUCUAAUCAGUUAGGGGAAUUAACUUUUUCAUUAAGACUUCUGGAUCCUCGCCGCGGUCAUGUCAGAUUGUGACGUCAGAAGCGAGAAAAUACACGCUGAAAAUUCUUGCGUGUCAUUUUUACAUAAAAGAUAUUUUGAUGAAACACAACUUCCGGUGGUUUUAGUACACUUUUCAAAUACUCCGAAAACUAUUUUUUCCUUUUAAUAAUCAACCGUAAAAUCAUUGUGAUAGACUGUCAUGCGGAAUGACUGUGCAGACCAAACGAACUGGGUCACAUAUUACAGUUGUUGAUUGAUUAUAAAGAGAAAAAGAUAGUUUUCGAGGUAGUUUAAAGAGUGUGUUAGAGCUAUAUUUGAAGUGCUGUUUCACCAAAAUAUCUUUUUAUUUCGAAAUGGCGUUUAAGAAUUUUUAGCGUGCUUUUUCACCCCUAUCGUUACAAUUCCAACAUAAUCGGCGAGGAGCCAGGAACGUUACAGUUAAAAACUAAACUAAAUUGACGAGAAAAUUAAAAAACAUGAAUGUAUGGUUGAUUAAAUGGACAAAAUUAAAAAAAAAAGAGAGAAAAUUGUUUCAAAAUUUUUGAAAGUAAUUUCUCAGCAAUUUUCGAAGAUUAGGAAUUGCAAAAUUACGCGGAUAAAUUCCUCGCGAUUCUCAUUUUAUAUGGUAACGAGGCGAUGUCCGAGAUGCUGGAAACGGUGCUACGUCUGUUGAUGCAUAGAGCUAUUUUAUACGAAAGUGGAUUAUUAUUUUUUAUUAAAAAUCUAUUGAAAUGAAGAACGCGAAUUUUUCAUGAACCAAGCGAGAAUGCACAUAUAAGCAACACACGGUGGCGUAAGUUCUUUACUGUUAAUUUUAUUAGUUCUGUUGUACUUCAAUGUAAAAAUGUAAUUAAAAUGUGAAGAUUUUUAUCUAAAACUUAUUUAAAUUUAUAUGAAAGUAAUAUUUUUUCAUAGUUUAAAUAUUACGUAUAAUCUGAUUUUCUACUUGAUUGAUAAAAACUUUCAAGAUGCAUGGUGCAGUGCCGGUUAUAUAUAAAAUAUAAUUUUUAAAAGAUGAGAAACGAGAUGCCUGUAUAAAUUAUAUGGUGCACUGUUUGCGGCAUCGUGAGCCUUGUCAAAAUUCUUAAUGUAAUUUUUUUAUCACAAAAAAAAAACCGAUACUGCGUCCUCUCUCCUUUGUCUCCGUUUCCGUCUCAGCUUGAUUCUUCCCUCUUUCUAUCUUUCGUUACUUCCGCCAUCGCGUGUCCGAGCGAUCGUUGCUUAUUUAGAAGCUCGUAGACACGAAUGUAUUCGUUUUACAUUUACUGCAUCUCGCAUAAUGAAUGGUCCGGAUAAUGAAUCACGUUUGUGGGGAUGGGAACGCGUAUUUGUCUUCGGCUAAAAUGAGAAUGCAUCGAAGAUUUGAACGGGUUUCUGAGGGAUGCGCUCGCAGAAACUCUGUGCAACGCAAAAUAAUGUUAUCGCUUUUACUCUUUCCUACGCAAAUAAGAGAGCCCGCACAAAAUCGAGCUGGACUUGAUUUUUAGCUUUCGCAAUUUACGAUCCGAGUACAUGAUAGCACUCAAUAUCGACUCGGGAAAAAAAAAAUAAAGAAUUCUUCUUUCGUGUCCUGAAUUGUAUCAGUGAUAAAAACUUUCGGGAACCUCGAUGCUCGAGAGUAUAGUUGUAUUAGAAUAUCUCUCGUUAAAAUAUACACAUCUCUAUACAUACACAAAAAUAAUAUAAAUAUAUUUUGAUCUGUCGAUUAGAGUUAUAUGAAUAAAGACUGAUAAAUACAAA